AUGGACCAUAUGAAAAGAGAGUAUGGUAUCAAUCUUUCAGUUAAACAAUACAAGAGUCAGUUGAAGACCUGGGGCCUCAGACACAAGCUCACCAAGCGUGAUGCUGCCUACAUCUUGAGAUUGUUGGAUCAAGCCAAGAGAGAGGGCCUCGAAGAGGUUGUCAUCUUCUCGGGACACCCUCGACGGCGAGAGGAUAUCACCAAGUACAUCCAGAGAAAUGAAAAGGUUGCCGAUGAAGAAGACCUGCUCUCCUGCAUCACGGACGACGACAAGCCCCCCCCCUACAUCCACUUACAAGCAUUCCCAAUUGAGCCCCAGGAGCCAACCCCCUCCCACCUGCCACCGACACCUCCAUCAGCAAGUUCAUUUGGCUCUCUCGAGUCUCACGCCUCUUUCAGGCCCAUCUCCCCAAUGAGGGUCCCAAUACCAUCGCCAGAAUCCAGCCCUCGACAUUCGGGAGAAUUUUCGUACAAUCUGAAUAAUACAGCAGCACUAUCAGGACCAAUAUAUGGCGGUGAAGCAGUCUCGAUCGAUUUGGGCAUUAUCCGUGAUCAUAUUAUGCCAAUGCAGGGGGCAAUUUUGACCCGCAAUCAGCCCGCUAUCCCCAAUAUCAUGGGGCCUUUCUGGCGUGCUCAGAGAGAGCCUGCUCCGUCCAGCUGGUGCCAGCUGUGGGACAACAAUGACCCAAGCAAGCAAUGGCCUGCUGACUUCACACAUGCGGCCCUGUCCGUGACACCGGCCGUCGUGGACGAGCUUGCCGACCUCGAAGUUGACAUCUACCGGUUCGGCGACCAUACCCACAGCCGGCAACUCAAUGACAGGAGUCUCUCGGCGUAUUUUGUUAUGUACUGUCUGUACUGGUUGAUUUGUGCCGGACAGAACGGUGAAAGGUUCCAGUCGAAAACCGAAUAUUACUUGAACAGUGCCCUGUUUAACUUCUUAUGCAUGCUCAGAAAUGAGAGUUCCCCCGCAGAAGAAUGCUUGGGAGCGCUGAGCAUUGUGUCGGUACUGUUCGACUGCUACGGCCAGUGGGAUAGGCUCUCCGAGCUCCUGACUAGCUGCGACGAGUUGACCAAGAACCACUUCGGAUUCGACAAUCCGCUGACCAUGACCAUCGAGUUCAAAAAGAACAUGCUCCAACGCGGCGGAACGGGCUGCCGGCCGCAUGAUAUUGCUCGCCUCUCGCACAUUCUAACGCAAAUGGAGAUUUGCUUUUCUAAAUCUUCCGGGCCCGCUCUGACUGCCAGGUAUAACUUGGCAUGGGCGAUGCUGGAGAAUGAACUGAAAAAGGAAGUGAGAGCGCCUGAGAACUUCGAGCCUGCUCGAAGAGAGCUGCUCGACCUCACCCAUCAGUGGGAGCAACAUUUUGGGGACGAUCGCAUUGAGACCAUCAUGGCCGCCGCCACACUGGCCAGGGCCACCUUCUAUUGCGGAGAUGCUGAAGGGGCCGAAAAUAUCAUUGUUCAAUCGGUCUUGCCCCGGGUGCGGAAGAACUUCCCUGAGCAGCAUCCGUAUAGUUGGGAAGCGAAGCAUCGGCACGCAUUCUUCCUCUUCCAGCUGGCGAAGAAGGAGACGGGGACGAGGAAAAGCAGUCAUCUGUUGCUGGGCGAGCAGCUGCUGCGAGAAGUCGUGCGCAACCGACAUCGCAUUCUGGGCGAAUCCAACCCGAAAUCGACUUAUUCUUUCCAACUCCUCAGAGACAUCCUAAAAGCACAAGGCAGGAUGCUCGAGGCAGACACACUGUCCGAAUGGUGUGAGCGACAACUGUCACCAUAUGGGGUAUAUUGA